AUGCUAGGGGUUAGUGAUAAAUUAGUAUUUGCAUCUGGUUCAAAGACUUUGGUUGCCCUAUCAAGUGACCAGGCCAGUCUUUUUGCUAUUAAUAAUAACCAAUUGACCAAAGUAUUGUUGUUGGAAAAACCUGAGGAUGAACCAGAUAUUCUAGAAACAUGUCAAUCUCCAACGUCUAUUUCAUCAUCUAGAGAGGAGAUUUUAGUAACAUCUGUGAAUGGUGACAUAUUUCAGUAUACUAAGGAUGGUAUAUCCAAUCUUUUGUUCAGAUCGGUACUUCCAUUGCGUGAUUGCGCUGUCAUACACAGUGGUAAAGCAUGUAUAGUAGGAGGUGAUGAUUUAGAACUCACAAUCAUUGAGCUUGAAUCCCAUAAGAAGGACACGUUAAAGUUAGAUGAGCAGGUAUCUCAAUUAUCCUAUAAUGCCCAAAUGAACAUUCUCGCUGUAACGUUAGUCAAUGGGGUAAUUGACUUUUAUUCGUUAACGUCAAUGGCGCCUAAUAAGAUAAAAAGUCUGGAAAGCUAUGCGGUUGCUAAUUUUUAUACAGAUGAAUUGGAAGAUGCUGAGUUUAGUGAUGAGAAUAGGAUUUGUACACGAGUUUCAUGGCAUCCUCGUGGUUUGAAGUUUGCAAUACCGUGCAAAGAUUACACGGUUAAGAUCUUCAACCUGAGCGAUUUUUCUUCGACAAAAACGCUAAAAUCUCCCAACGAUUCCUAUUUUACAAACCUUCUCUUUGAUCCAUAUCAGGGUAGGUACCUUGCUGCUACGGAUUUAGCUAAUCGAUUGUUUGUUUGGGAUGUUAAUUCAGGCAAUUUACAUUGCUCUAAAGAUCUCGAUUUCAAACUCUCAAACAUGUGCUGGAGACUUCAUAACGAUCAAUUAGAACUCUUAUUUGGUACAUGGAAUGGAGAAGUCGUUACUGUGCGGCCUAUAGCUGGUGUAGAUUAUUUCAUCAAACACAAGUCCGUUACUGAAGAUGAAAUAACUUCAAAACCUAAGAAUGCGUUAUUCCUUGAAUCUGAUGAUGAGAAUACCUCACACGUUUCGACGCCAUCAUCUGUAGAUAAUGACCGUAGGGAGCUUAUUCCAUCAGAAAACAUGUUUACUGACAUUGAAGAUGGUGAAAAAAGCGGUGAAGGAUACAAACGAACUUACAACUUUGAAGACGAAGAGCAGUUCAUUGAUGAUGAUGAUAAUGCAGGGUACAUAACUAAGAAGCCCAAAACAAAGGAUCAUUAUGUUGCGUCUUCACACAAAUAUUCCAAGUAUCGUCAAAAGCCUUACAAGUUUAAUUAUAGGCCUAUUUCACCUGGCGGUACGCCAUUUGGUUCUACAGAUAAACGUUAUCUAACGAUGAACAGUAUUGGUUAUAUAUGGACAGUUCGGGGAAAUGUUGAACAAUAUACAGUAACUGUAUCAUUUUUUGAUGUUGGACGUUAUAGAGAGUACCAUUUUGAAGAUUUGUUUGGCUACGACGCCUGUUCGUUAACUGAGGAGGGGACUUUGUUUGCCCAGAGUAAAACUGGUCAAUUGAUGUAUAGGCCCCAUGACAGCUUCAAGGAUACAAAAUGGGUUACCAAAAUUCCACUCUCUCCAAAUGAGAGUAUUACUGCAGUGGCUGCCACACCAACAAGAAUGCUUGUCGCCACCUCAUUUGGCUACUUCAGAACUUUUAAUGAGUUUGGGGUUCCACUCUCUCUAGAAAAAAUGACACCAAUAGUUGCACUUGCUGCUCAGGGACACAAAGUUUUCACUGUACACUACUCCACGUAUCAGGGUCUGUCAUACUCUUUAUUCGAACAGAACCCGCAAGCUGGUAACAGAUUCUAUCAAAGAGAGUCACAAUUACCAAUAGAAUUACCUUCGUUCAACAAUGAGACACACGCCAGCGCUGAUGAAACCUUCAAUGAAUUUAAUCCGCUGGGCAUUAGAUCCAUCUUCUUUUCUAAUUUCGGCGACCCCUGUAUAUUUGGACAAGACGGUGUGCUCCUUGUGUUGUCCAAGUGGAGAAACACUAUGGAGAGUAGAUGGAUUCCACUAGUUGACACAAAUCUGGAAAUAUGGAAACUUUCUGGUGGUAAACAACCCGAUGAUGUCCAUGUAUGGCCGUUGGGUUUAAAUUACGAUACAAUGUACUAUAUACUCAUCAAGGGCAAGCAUAUAUGGCCAGAAUUCCCGUUACCGCUCCCCUCUGAAAUGGAAAUUAGAAUUCCAGUUCUAGAUAAAAGUUUGGCAUUGAGGGAUGAAAAUUUAGAGGAUGAAGAGGUAGUUGUUCCAACUGUAUUGGCCGCUGAGGAGGAAUUCCUUCGUUCUAAAGUCUUGAGUGAGUUGUUAUCAGACACAUUAGAGCAUGAUGGGGAGCUCUACGGCAAUGAGAAUGAGAUAUUACAAUCUCUAGCGGGCGUCCGUGAUAAGUCAUUAUUGCGUCUCUUUGCUGCUGCUUGUUCAGACCAGCAUUCUGAUAAGGCUCUAUCACUACUGAGAGAGAUAAAGCAAGAUAAAGCGCUAACGGCAGCGAUUAAGAUUGCUGAAAGGGCAGAACUUAUGAAUCUAGUAAAAAAAAUCAACGACUUGAGAGAGGCAAGAUUUGAAAUUCAGUAUAACAAAUUGUGA